AUGUGCUCCACAAUUUCAGUUCCUGUUAUGCCUUACGCAAGUAAUGACAGAUGCUUGCGUCAUGUAGCAAAAGGCACAAUAAGAGCAGAAGUGAUUACAGCUCCAAAAAGAUCGAGCUGGAUCGUCUUCCCUGAGCUAUCUGUGCAAGGAGUUCCUCACACAGAUCUUAAACUGCGAGAAAUUGUCGAAAGGCAGACUCGCAAUAACAGCUUAGCGAAGAAGUAUGCAUACAGAAAUCCAGAGUUCCAGCCUCAAUUUCUAGAUGAAGCUUACAAAAAGUGCAAGAAUAUAUGUGCAGAAUAUGCCAAGACUUUCUAUCUGGGAACUACGUUAAUGACAGAGGAACGAAAAAAGGCCAUAUGGGCAAUCUAUGUUUGGUGUAGGAGAACAGAUGAACUGGUUGAUGGUCCCAAUGCUAUGUACAUGAGCUCCGCCGUUCUUGAUCAUUGGGAAGAGAGACUUGAAGAUAUCUUCAAUGGACGCCCCUACGACAUGUUUGAUGCUGCACUCACCGAUACUGUUUUCAAGUUCCCCGUAGACAUCAAGCCUUUUAGGGAUAUGAUUGAAGGCAUGAGAAUGGAUACAUGGAAAUCUCGCUACGCCAACUUUCAAGAACUCUAUCUCUACUGCUACUAUGUUGCAGGCACAGUUGGCCUAAUGAGUGUACCAGUAAUGGGGAUCUCACCAGAUUCCACAAUUUCUGCUCAAACUAUUUACAAUUCAGCAGUCUACUUAGCUAUUGGGAAUCAACUAACAAACAUACUUAGAGAUGUAGGAGAGGAUGCUUCAAGAGGCAGAGUCUAUCUUCCUCAGGAUGAGCUUCAACAAUUUGGUUUAUGCAACAAGGACAUUUUCUCCAGAAAGGUCACUGAUCAAUGGAGGGAGUUUAUGAAGAAGCAGAUUACAAGGGCGAGAUUCUACUUCGACCAGGCAGAAGAGGGAGCUUCACAGCUCGACAAAGCUAGUCGAUGGCCGGUUUGGUCAUCCUUGCUAUUGUAUAGGAAGAUACUUGAUGCAAUCGAGGAUAAUGACUAUGAUAACAUGACAAAGCGAGCUUAUGUUGGAAGAGCCAAAAAACUCCUCACUUUGCCUCUAGCUUAUACCAAAGCUCUAUAAAAUAUCUUUCGUCAAGCAUGGUUUUCAGCGCUAGGAGCGAGAGCGACCAGAAAUGACUGAAUGCUUCAUUUCACAGUGGGAAUGGAGGUGAGAAACAGAAUGGGAAUAAGAUCGAUAAAAUUGA